CGCAUCACUUCUCUGGUGCAGGAGAGAGCAUCCUACACAGCGCUGGCACAGCUCCUCACCCUCUGUUUCCAUGCCAACUUACAACUUCCUGUCAGCGGUGCCCAUAUUGCUCCAUCCCAUUGGAAAGAGCCACCUGCCCUGUCACAACUACAUGUGAGGGGAGGCAGGCUCCUCGGUCAGGAAGCAUUGCUGUGAGGGAGUAAAGAUGUCUACAGAGGAGGAGAACACCUACCAGGGAGACAUGGAGGAGACCGACGAUGUUCUGGCUGAAGAGUUAUCUUUUGGAAGUCCUGAUAUCAUGUCUGUGGGCGCUCAGACAUUUCCUCCAGGAGGACCUAAUGGCAUUCUUCGAAGUCAGUCAUUUGCCGGUUUUAGUGGCAUUCCAGAAAGGAGAUCUAGCAGAUGUAGUUCUUUUCUUGGAAACGCUUCCGUUCCUAAAAAGCCGCAAGCAAAGCAAAAGAAAAUGCACAAUCUGGGCCACAAAAACAGCUCUUCCAAAGAACCUCAGCCAGAGAGAGUAGAAGAAAUAUAUAGCGCCUUAAAAAAUGGUCUUGAUGAGUAUCUGGACGUUCAUCAAACUGAGCUAGACAAGCUGACUGCCCAACUAAAGGACAUGAAGAGAAAUUCAAGACUGGGGGUCUUAUAUGAUCUGGAUAAGCAAAUCAAGACCAUUGAACGAUAUAUAAGACGACUGGAAUUUCACAUGAGUAAGGUUGAUGAACUGUAUGAAGCAUAUUGUAUCCAGAGGCGCCUACGUGAGGGGGCAUGUAAGAUGAAGCAGGCGUUUGCUGCUUCACCUUCAAGCAAGGCGGCUCGGGAGAGUUUGUCUGAAAUAAACAAGAGUUACAAAGAGUACACUGAGAAUAUGUGCACAGUUGAGUCCGAAAUGGAACAUUUAUUGGGUGAAUUCUACAUCAAAAUGAAAGGCCUGGCUGGAUUUGCACGUCUGUGUCCUGGAGACCAGUAUGAGAUAUUCAUGAGAUAUGGAAGGCAAAGGUGGAAACUGAAAGGAAAAAUAGAGGUUAAUGGCAAGCAGAGUUGGGAUGGUGAUGAGAUGUUUUUCGUCCCUCUGAUUAACAACUUAAUAUCGAUUAAGGUAACGGAGCUUAAGGGGAUUGCAGCCCACAUCCUAGUUGGGAGUGUCACCUGUGAAACAAAGGACCUCUUUGCUGCACAUCCUCAGGCUGUUGCUGUCGACAUAAAUGACCUUGGUACUAUCAAACUUAACCUUGAAGUAACUUGGUGCCCCUUCGAUACAGAGGAUCUGACGCCAUCUACAGGCAAUAUAAAUAAAGCUGCCGCUCUCCAAAGAAGAGUCUCCAUAUAUAGCCAGGGCACCCCUGAGACACCCACAUUUAAAGACCACUCCUUCUUUUCAAAUCUGCAAGAUGAUGUUUUCGAUAGCAGCGUGGAAAUCAUUGAGAAGAGAGCCCUCUCAUUAAGCUUUGACCACUUGCCGAAUGGUGACUGUACACCACAAAGAUCAACUCCCUCGUCUUCUCUGGGCUGCUCAAAUCCCGAAAUCACCGUCACUCCACCAGAGCAUAACCUCAGUGACUUGUCAUCAGAGGAACCGGUGAAAGACAGUAUGAGUGCCAGUUCUUCUGCAGAUGCAGUUGGUCAGUCACAGGACUCUCAGUCCAUUGCAGAGCGUGCUAAUGAAACUGAGGAAACCUUUGUAGGAGAUAAGUCAGACCUUGGUGCUUGCCAAAGCCAUCUGCCCACUGUGGAUAGUAACAUCUACAUAACUUCAAAUGUCUCAGUGUCAAUUUUGCAAGACUCAGAGGAAGUCUCUGAGCUGAAGCCUGUGGAGCUAGACAAUUGUGAAGGAAAUAUUACCAAGCAGCUGGUAAAAAGGCUGACAUCAGCAGAAAUAUCUUCUGCUCCAGAGAGACUCCAGUCUGAUUAUUCCACAUAUAGUGAAGCUGAAGCUUCUAGGUCCUACUUGGAUGGAACUUUAGAGGAAUCUUUGCAAGGACUACUCCUUACUCUCGAGCCUUGUAAAGACCAGUAUCCAGAGUACCAAGAAUUGUACCAGGAAAUAAACCACCUUGAAGAUGUCCUAAAAUGCAAGCCAUCUGUAAACCGAAGCAGGUCUUCCAGUAUAAGUCUAACUGUUGAGAGUGCUUUAGAGAGCUUUGAUUUCCUGAACACCUCUGACUUUGAUGAUGAUGAUGAUGUUGAGGAGGAUGGUGGUGGUAUGGUUUGUAACGGUGGAGGUGCAGACUCCGUGUUUGCAGACGCGGUUGUGGAAAAGACAAGUUACAGAUCGGACCACCCAGAAGCCAGGGGACACCUGAGCGAGGCACUAACUGAAGACACAGGUGUUGGCACCAGUAUUGCAAGCAGUCCCCUGCCCCUCACUACAGGAAAUGAGAGCCUGGACAUCACGCUGGUCAGGCAUCUACAGUACUGCUCCGAACUUAUUAAGCAAAUUAUUACUUCGAGUCAAGUGCUGUUUGUCUUGAGAGAUCUGAAGAAGAAACUUACUAGACAAAGUCAAGUGAUCAAGCAAUUGGCAGAGAUCAGCAAAGACAACAUAGGGAACACAAAUUCAGUUGUAGAAGUUAUCUCUGGAUUUCACGACAUGCCGUCACUUCUAUCCUUCUGGACCAAAUGCACCACACAUGCUCAAAUGUACCACAUAAAUGGCGACAAAAUGGUAAAACAGCUGCAUGAAAUAUUUAGCCAGAUGGUGAAUUCUGAAAGUCCAGGACUUGCUGAUACAGUAUACAGAACGCUGGUCACUCACAUUCUUGACAAAACAGAGGACAUGUUAUCAUCUAAUCUGUCUGCAGAAACCAUAACCGUUUUUCAGUAUUACGAUUUUUUCAGUAGCCAUAAUAUUACAGACCUUAAAAGCUAUUUGAUGCACCUUGUUAAGGAAGCUUCAGCGGAGCCAGUUCCUCAGACCUCAGUGGAUCCUGGUGAAAGGGCAGGUCUGGAAACAAGCACGCUGCCUCAUUCCUCGGAAAUUCUCACUUCAUUAAAUCUGCUGCUGUCUGGAAAUGACAGUGAUGUCAGUCACGCACUCCACUUGUUCGCCUCUGCUGCAUCAAAAUCAAUGGAGUCCAGAGAAAAGGUCCUGGAGUACUGUUGUGAGGCACUGACUCAACCAGAAGUUCACCUCCAGAAAGCUGCAUGCUUGGCUCUUAGAUGCCUUCAGGCUACCGAAAGCAUUAAUAUUCUUGUCACCGUCUGUCAGUCAGAUAAUAAGGAGCUUAGUAAAGUGGCAUCGGAGACAUUGCUAUCCCUAGGGGAAGCUGGAAGGCAUGCAUAUGAAAUCCUUCAAAAAGCAACUUCUGAAGAAGGUGGAAGGCAAGCACAUGAAUGUCUUCAGAAAGCCACUCUAGAAGCAGAUGAUGGAAGGCAGGUAUGUGAAUGUCUUCAGAAAACCACUCCAGAAGCAGAAGAUCGAAAUCAGACAUUUGAAUAUCUUGAGAAAGCCUCUGCAGAAGGAGAAGAUGGAAGGCAAGUACAGGAGAAAGUUGCUUCUGAAAGAGAAGAUGGAUGGCAGGUACAGGAGAAAUCUGCUUCUGAAGGAGAAGAUGGAAGACGGGCAUUUGAAUGCCUUGAUAAAGUGUCUCCCGAGACAACACUAUGAAUGUCUAGGGGAAGCCACUCCAGAAAUAGCUACUACAGAAGAGCACAGAGUCCCAGCUACUGCCACUGCUUUUUAAUGUCCUGUAGGAUUCACUUGAACAUUGGAAUGGAUGUCUGAGUUCAGAAGUUGGUGCUGUGCCUAGCAGAAAAUAUAUUGAUAAUGAACGCAUUAAUAUAUAUGGGCCAAUGUAAAUUUGAUAUCAGUCUUUUCAUGUCUUGUUGAGAUUGACUUCAUUACCCAUAAUCCUUUGGUGCAGGGUUGGCAGGAGAUACUACUGUAUAACCCAACAUCAGUGUAGUCAUAUCUACAUUUAUAGUUUUUUUUUAAAUCUUUUCAUUCAGUCCAUACUAUGAUCUGAUAUAAAAGUCAAAAUUACUGAAAUAAUUCCCCUGCAUGUGGUUAAAUCUGCGUUUUUUUCUUUGGGAAGCAGCACUACGUCAGCCCACAGGCUAAAUCUGGAUUUACAGUUCAGUCCGAUUCGCUUGGAUGUGGAGAACCUCUUUAAACAAACAAAUGGGUCUCACAACCAGGAACCAGGAUCAGUUAUUGUAAUUUAUUACCAGGUUUUACUAGUUUUACUUUGAUUCUUAUAUUACAGUAGAUUUGUUUUUAAAACUAUACCUACAUUUACGCAUGUAAGUGUCGUUUUUUUUUCCGCCUCCCUACACGUGACGCCAAUGUCCUAAGUCAUGUUAUCAGUUUACUUUUCAUGCAGACAACAAUGGGCCAGACAGAAUUACAAAGAUUAUGGUGAGAUUUGAUCAUUUAAUUUAAAUUAUAAACCACUAUAAAAGCAACAGAUUUGGGCACACCUCCAGCACCUAAAACCAUACCUGAACAAUAGGCUGUAGGGCCAGCCAAAAUCAUGGCUUUGACCCUAGAAAGGCAUAAGAACUCAUGCAACCUCCCUUCAAGAUGGCUUGAUAUCUACAGGUUGAUAGGCAUCCAGUUAUAAUGCGGUAUAACUAAAGGAAGGUGAUAGCACUAGUAAUCUAGUGGUAUGACAGCUUCUGCUGUCUAGGACAGUAGGAACAACCUGGCUCUGUUUUUAGCAAUCUUGUGAAAUUUGUAAACUGUAUAUAGCGAUUAAGUGAUGCUUUUUGUUUGCAGUUUUGCAAUAGUUUUGUAAGGAGGUACUUUUGUAAAUAUGUUUUCUUGCAAGAAGGAUGGGCCCGUUUUUAUCAGAUUACAAAUAGAUAUUUUAUAUGCUGUCCUGAACACACAUAUUUUUAUCUUACAGUGAACUAUUCUAUGUAUAUAUAAGUUCAGUGAAACCAUUAGCCAUUAUGACCAGAGGAAGUGCUAAACUUGGUGCUUGGAUACUCUUUAAUAAAUGUGUGAUAGUGAUAGGUUCUCCUUAUGUAUGGACAUCAGUAUGGCUAAUUUCAUACUCGUGGCAGGCUGUUGUGGAAGAGAACAAACUGCCAGUGUUCUCCAGAUCCAGCAUAGCCAGGUAUGCCACGUGCACAAUGGAUUCCAUUGACUAUAAAUGCCGGGAUUCGGCCAGUCAAUAAAUCACUGCAUGCAACCUUUUUAUCCAGCCAAAUCCCAACAUUUAUGCUGGGGAGCGGCCGAUUUCCAGGUCCAGCAGGCACCCAGCACUAUCUAGCUUUGGAUCCAGAGAACACCGGAAAGCUCUUCUCUGCCGGAUAGCUUUGCUGUAACUGUGAUGUUAGCCUAUGAUAGAUUUAUACUAGUGGGUGCAAUUCCAUCCACUAAAGAUCUCAAUUAAUUCCUCCUGCUAAUGACUAGCUGAGAAGGAUCCUGUGUGGCACC